AUGCUGGCGUGCUUCUCUGGCAGAAUCGAGGUCCUUGGCUUCCUUUUGGAGGCCGGGGCCAGCCCAGACAGGUGCUGCGAGGAAAACGUCUCCUCCCUCUUCGUGGCAGCCAAUGUGGGCCACUUGGAAGUUGUGCGACUGCUCCUUGGGGCCCGUGCUGAUAUGGACCCAAAGGACCUCCUGGGCAGAACACCUCUCUGGACGGCUUGCGCCAAGGGGCACGCCCAGAUUGUGGCGAUGCUCCU